UCCUCCCCUCCGGUCAGAGGCUUGUGGUCCUCUGGGAAGCGCCGUGUGAUCUGCACCGCUCCGGGCUGGGGGUCUCACCCCUCCCCCAGGGAGUUCCCAGACCUCAGGCGGAAGCAGCAGGAUCCUCUCUCCAGCAAAGGAGGAACCAAACAUGUCCAGAGAUACCAAAAGCAGCAGCUCAGAGCCAGCUCCUUUCUUGGAAGAAUGGAGGGCCCGACGUGAGAGGAUGAGGCUACGGUCUUCCUCCUCCAGUUUGGUGGGGAGCAGGUCGCUUGACCAGUCGCAUCGUGAAGGAGAUCUCCAGCCUCCAUCUCAGGAAAGGGACAAAGAACUUAGAGGAGGAAAGCCAUCUGAAGCAGCUUCAAAAGUCCAGGCUCGUGGAGAUACAGAAUCUGACAGAAAUGAUUUAACUUCAAAGGCCAAGGAAAAGAAAGGGAGCCCCCAGAAGAAGCACCGCACACAAAUUGAGAAGAGGAAACUUAGGGAAAAGAGAAGGCCUACAGGAGUGGUCAACCUGACCUCACUAGAGGAUCCAGACGAGAAUCAUGAUGAGAUUGAGUUGAACGAGGAACAUAUAGACAAAGAUUCCCCUAAACAGGAAAUUAGAAAAACCAAAGGAUCUGGCCAAAACAGGGCAGACGCAGGUCCCAACGUCCCUCCUCGGGAAGGUAGAGAGAGCGACUGUAAGACAAGGCAGAGGUGGCUGGAAGAGUUACAAAAGGCUGUAAGAUUAAAGAGACAAGACAACCACAAACUGAGUGCUGAUCUUAGUGACAAAGAUGGGACCCUGCUUGUGCUCCAAAAGGAGAUAAAGAGUCUGAAACAGAAAAUGCGGAGGGCUCAGGAUGAGAACAGAAUUCUCAAGGAAGAGAAUCAGAUGCUGCUGAAGUUGAUGGGUCAGCUGGCUAGUUAAUGAAGAAGACAUAUCUUUGAGAUCUUGGACCUGAGAAAUCUGAGACAGGUGGAACUCACGGACUUUCCUAUCACUUACCACAAUACACAUGAAGGCCGGAUCAGUAACAAGGCGGUGACCUCAAUCAAGGCUUUUAAGAGACUUUAGAAGACGGGGGUUUGUUGGGUUCAGGGAGAGCAAGGUAAGGCGAGAGAAACCAAGUUCCUUCCUUGGCUAAGUGGAUCAAGAAGAUGUAAACAAGGAGAGGACCAUUCUUUGUAAUUCUGUUUUGUAACCUUUCUGCACAAUUCAACCACAUUGUCUGUAUUAUUUUUUUUAUGUUUUAGGAGUUUUAUGAAAAAAAAAAGUUUGGUGAUGUGUCCAAGAUUAGGCGUCCUCAAAGGAUAUGCAAACACACGUGCACUUUAGCAAAAUUAUACGCGUAUAAAAAAAAAAAUAAAAGACAUUUUUAGUUAA